UACACAUGCCGACAAUUUUGAAAACUGCAUUUACAGCUACAGGACUUCCAAAACCAGAGCAGCUAAAUAACAACAAAGCAAUUCAAUAUUUGGUCAAGCUUUAUUUGUCUUCAAAGAGAACCCACUCAACAAUGUUGCAAGGGAGCGACGGUUUCCAGCUCAACUGUAAUGUUGUGGUGGAGCGCCUCAACUCCUCUGGCCAGGCAACUAAACGACAAGUCAUCCGUAAGGCAACUGUUAUUUUGGGGCGCAACGAGUUCCAAGAGAUAACCCUGCGCGUUCAUGAUGGCAAAGUACCCCAAAGUUACAUACUGAAAGACUUUCAGCUCUUCUCACGUUUUGCCAAGGAUGGCAAGUGCACUGUCAAGCUGCUCCCUGACAACAUCCAGGUACUCAUAUCGGACUGCCCGCCCCACCUACUGAACAUUUUCCUAAAGACCUUAAGUAUCAAACACCAGGCCUGGCAGACUAGCAAGUCCAUGACUGACCGUGAGAAGCUGAAAGCCUGUCUGCCUCGCAGCUUUGAGACAAUCAGUCCAUUACAGCAGAAGGAUGUACUGAAGGCCAAUGAGUUGAGGAGCAAAGUGAAUGCUCCAGUCUCUUCUAAAGGCCUAACUGUGAGGACUGGCAAUAAGAUGACCGGAGGGCCACAUGGACAACCGGUCAAGAGACCAAGGACGGACUGUGACUCCAGCCCAGUAAAGGCAUUACAUCCAAGCAAAAAGCCCAUCCUGUCUUUACCAGCAGCACGCAAGUUGAACAAAGAACAAGCCGCAGUCCUCAGUGCAGUCUUGAGUGGCAAGAAUGUGUUCUUCACUGGCAGUGCAGGCACAGGUAAGUCGUUCCUGCUGAAGAGGAUUGUGGGCUCACUACCGCCAAAAAGCACCUACGCCACAGCCAGCACGGGUGUGGCAGCUUGUCACAUUGGCGGAACUACGCUACACAGCUUUGCCGGUAUUGGUUCUGGUUCAGCCCCUCUGGAGCAGUGUAUAGAGCUGGCCCAGAGGCACGGAGUCCUGCAGCACUGGACAAGCUGUCGCCACCUCAUCAUCGAUGAGAUCUCCAUGGUGGAGGCCCAGUUCUUUGACAAGCUGGAGGCCAUUGCCAGGUCAGUCAGGCGAUCCACGGAACCGUUCGGUGGCAUCCAGCUGAUAGUGUGUGGAGACUUCCUUCAGCUGCCCCCCGUCUCCAAGGGAAAAGACAAGGCCAGCUUCUGCUUCCAGUCUAGAAGCUGGCGGAAGUGCAUCCAGCUGAACAUGGAGCUGACAGAGGUGCGCCGGCAGACAGACCAGGUCUUCAUCUCCCUCCUACAGGCAGUGAGGGUGGGCAGAGUCACAGAGGAAGUCACUGCCAAGCUAAUGGAGAGUGCCUAUCACAAGAUCGAACGGGAUGGUAUCCUGGCAACCAGGCUGUGCACUCACAAGGAUGACGUGGAGCUGACUAACGAGAACAAGCUCCUGCAGCUGCCAGGGUCAGUGCGAGUGUUUGAAGCGGUGGACAGCGACCCGGCACUGGUCAAGACCAUAGACAGCCAAAGUCCUGUCAGCAGGCUGCUGCAGCUCAAAGUGGGCGCUCAGGUCAUGUUGACCAAGAACCUGGAUGUCCAGCGGGGCCUGGUCAAUGGAGCCCGAGGCGUCGUAGUUGACUUUCAGCCAGGGAAACUAGGGCUUCCGCGUGUCCGUUUCCUAUGCGGCACCACAGAGGUGCUGAAACCCGAGCGCUGGAUGUUUAAGGCAGGGGGCGGUGUCUACCUGAGCCGCCAGCAGCUGCCCCUCAAGCUGGCCUGGGCCAUCUCCAUCCACAAGAGCCAGGGCAUGACCCUGGACUGUGUGGAGAUCUCCCUGGCCCGGGUGUUUGAGAGCGGCCAGGCAUAUGUGGCUCUGUCGCGGGCCAGAAGCCUGGAGGGCCUAAGGGUCAUGGACUUUGACCCCCGGGUGGUCCGCGCCGACCCUGACGUGAUGCUCUUCUAUAGGAAGCUGAGGAAAGAGCGGCUGCUGCAGCAGGCCUCAAUGGAUGAGUUUGUGGGCAGGAACAACAAGGAAAACUGUUGGUGAGGAAGAAACCUGAACACCCACGCUGUGCAUUGGGUGCAUGACUGUGUCGAUCUCCACAACAACGUAACAUUUUUGUUGACGGUUUUAGUUUCAAGAUUUCAAGCCGUGAUUUGACUGACCUCUGGUUGUAUGGCUUUGUACCCAUCAUGCAUCACCACCAUUUAACUUUUACCUGUUUAUUUAUUUAUUAUUAACUUUUUUUUA